CGAGGCUGGGGGCACGCAGGCUGUGGGAGGCCAGGGCAUGGGUGUGCAUGGAUGCCUGGCACCCAGCCCGUGUGACUCGUUCGAUGGAACGCACUGACAUUUGAGAAGGAAAAAAAAAACCCAAAGAAACAGAGGUAGCUUUGAAAGGACCGGGAGAAAGAGAGACACAGCAGGGGAAUCUAACAGGGCAGAGGGGAAAAGUUCCUCAGCUGCGAGAGGAUGUGAGCAGAAGGGCUGUCCGGGAGCCGGAAACAUGCCAUGGACUCUGGCAGGGAAAGUGGGGCAGCAACCGGCAGCCAUGGAGACAACCUCGCAAACAGCCGGGCCAGCCUGGCAGAUCCCCCCUCUCUAGCUCAGCGACGGGAAAGGGGGCUGGAGGCCGGCUGGAGCCUGGCUUCCGCACUGGUUCCCUCCUGCAUUGACCGGCGAGGAAGGCCGGCUCGUGCCCUCCCACCCGGCUUUCUCCAAGGAUCAGAUGUCGAUUGAACGUGACAAUCGCCGCGUGGUUAAACGCCGCCCGGUUCCUGGGCAUGCACUUGAUCGAGGUCAGUGCCCCUGUAACAGAUCCCGAGAGGACUAGCACACACAUGAUCUCGGCGGACGAUGCGGAGUACCCGCGGGAGUACAGGACCCUGGGGAACGGGACCCGGCGCUUCUCCAACGUCGGGCUGGUGCACACCUCAGAACGCCGGCACACGGUGAUCGCCGCCCAGAGCCUGGAGGCACUGACUGGGCUCCAGAAGGCCGAGAUGGACCGCAAGCGGGACGCCUUUAUGGACCACCUGAAGAACAAGUACCCGCAGCAUGCCCUGGCCAUCCGAGGCCAGCAGGAGAGGAUCCGGGACCAGCAACCCAACUACUGGAGCUUUAAGACCAGAAGUUCCCGGCACUCCCAGGGCUCCCAGCCCGCCCUGGCUGAUCAAACCAAACUCUCCUUCGCCUCAGCGGAGUCCCUGGAAACCAUGUCUGAAACCGAGCUGCCCAUUGGAUUCAACAGGAUGAACCGGUUCCGGCAAAGCUUGCCUUUGUCCCGCUCCACCAGCCAAACCAAGCUCCGGUCGCCAGGGGUCCUUUUCCUGCAGUUCGGGGACGAGACAAGGCGCGUCCACAUUGCCCACGAGAUCAGCAGCAUGGACACGCUACACGCCCUCAUCGUCCACAUGUUCCCCCAGAAGCUCACCAUGGGGAUGCUGAAAUCGUCCAACACCGCCAUCCUGAUCAAGGACGAGUCGCGCAAUGUCUUCUACGAGCUGGAGGAUGUCAGGGACAUCCAGGACAGAAGCAUCAUCAAAAUCUACCGCAAAGAGCCCCUCUACGCCUCCUUCCCCGCCUCGCACAUCACCAACGGGGACCUGAGGCGGGAGAUGGUUUACACCUCCAGGGAGUCGUCCCCCACCCGCCGGCUGAACAGCAUGUCCCCAGCUUCCCACCUCACCUCCGGCUCCCCUCCGCCCGUGCUCCAGUCUUCCUCCCCAUCCCGCUCCCGUAUGUCCUACAGCGGCGGGCGCCCGCCCUCCUAUGCCGGCAGCCCUGUGCACCAUGGCGAGCGCCUCUCCAACCUGCCGCCCGCCCCGGGCGUCUCGCCCAGCCCCAGCGCCAUCCUGGAGCGCCGGGACGUCAAGCCGGAUGAAGACCUGGCCAGCAAGAACAUGGUGCUGAUGAAGAAUGAGGGGCUGUACGCCGAUCCCUACGGCAUGGUGCACGAGGGGCGGCUCAGCAUCACCUCCACCCAGUCCCUGGCCGGUAUGGGCGACCCCUUCGCCUACGCCGGGGGGCUGUACAAACGGGGCUCGGUCCGCUCCCUCAGCACCUACUCAGCGGCCGCCCUGCAAACGGAGCUGGAGGACAGCCUGUACAAGCCCAAUGCCCAGAUCUACAGCGACGGCUACGGGCCCAGCCUCGGCUUCCGCAUGCCCCCGUCCUCCCCGCAGAAGAUGUCUGACGGCCGGCUGGUGGAUGUCCAGCAGGGACAGAGCCCUCACAGUCCCUACUCGGGACCGCCCAGCAGGUCCUCACCUGUCCGCCAGUCCUUCCGCAAAGACUCCUGCUCCUCCGUCUUCAUGGAGAGCCCCGUUAGCAAGCCCCGCAACCCCAGCUCCUCGGGGCCCCCCGAACUCUUCCCAGGCCCCGGGGAUCGACCCCUGUCAGGGUUCGGCCCUCCCGUGCCUGCCAAGGAUACGGAAACAAGGGAGCGGAUGGAAGCCAUGGAGAAGCAGAUCGCCAGCCUGACGGGGCUGGUGCAGAGCGCGCUGCUCCGGGGCUCCGAUGGUGAGACCUCCAGCGAGAAGACGGACGCCACCAACGGAGGGACCCCCCCAUCAGCAUCCGCCAGCCGGAGCUGCACGGGGACUCCGAUCCCUGCCCCUUCGCACCCCUCUGCCACCAGCACCCCGGCCGGGCAGCCGACCGCCAUCAGCCGCCUGCACAUGCAGCUGCACCUCCACGACCUGCAGCAGAAUGCCAGCGACCUCCGCAACCAGCUGCAGCAGCUGAAGAAGCUGCAGCUGCAGAACCAGGAGACGGUGAAGACGAUGCUGCGGCGGACGGAGACGGAGAUCAGCGUGCGGGUGACGGACACCAUGCGUAAGCAGGAGGACCCCCUGCAGCGCCAGCGCAGCCUGGUGGAGGAGGAGCGGCUCCGCUACCUGAACGAGGAACAGCUAAUCGCCCAGCAGUUAAAUGAUCUGGAGAAGUCGGUGGAGAAGAUCCAGAAGGACAAUCACCGGCUCGUCCCUGUGCAGGAGCUGGAGGAGAAGGCCGUGGUGCUGAAACAGCUGGGGGAGACGCUGACCGAACUGAAGGCUCACUUCCCCAGCCUGCAGAGCAAGAUGCGAGUGGUGCUACGGGUGGAGGUGGAGGCCGUGAAGUUCCUCAAGGAGGAGCCGCACCGGCUGGACGGCCUGCUGAAGCGCUGCAUGACCGUGACAGACACCCUCGCCCAGAUCCGCAGGCAAGUGGAUGAGAGCAUGUGGGCUCCGUCCAACAACCUGAGCCAGUCCCCGAAGAAGGUGACAUCAGAGACCGAUUUCAGCAAGGGUCUGGAUUUCGAGGUCCCCACCAGCCCCCCGAUGAACCUCCAUGACCUGACCGCCUCCACAGAUACCCUGGGCACGCCGGGCUUCGGGCAGAGCAGCCCCCAGCCCCCCAAGAGCAAUAACCCCUCCCGGGCUCUGGAGAUGGUGCCGGCCAAGACCCAGACGGGCCCCGAGACGCCUGGCAGGAGGAGUGCGGACAAGGCCGUGUCCGUAGAGGCCGCCGAGCGGGACUGGGAGGAGAAGAGGGCAGCGCUGACCCAGUACAGCGCCAAGGACAUUAACCGCCUCCUGGAGGAGACCCAGGCUGAGCUCAUGAAGGCCAUCCCCGAUCUGGAGUUUGCCGCCAAGCACAAGCAGGCCACCGGCAGCGCUGCCUCCACGCCGGAGCACAAGCCCUCCAAGCCGCAGCACGCACAGAAAGCCACCGCCAAAAUCGACCCCAACGGCCGCAGGGGCUCAGACGAGCUGACAGUUCCCAGGUAUCGGACCGAGAAGCCCUCGAAAUCGCCGCCUCCCCCCCCUCCACGCCGGAGCUUCCCUUCCUCUCACGGGCUGACCACCACCCGCACCGGCGAAGUGAUCUUCACCAGCAAGAAGGACUCCAGCUUCAUGAAGAAGGCAGAGUCGGAGGAGCUAGAGCCCCAGAAGCCCCAGGUGAAGCUCAGGCGGACGGUGUCAGAGGUCACCAGGCCUGCGUCCACCCCGCCCAUCAUCGCCUCCGCCAUCAAGGACGACGACGAGGAGGACCGGAUCAUCGCUGAGCUGGAGGUGUUUCAGAGAAGCUCUGGCUCCCCAUUUAUCCCCAAGUUCCGCUGCGACCGGCUCGCGGCUGCCGUCUCCCCAGCUCCCGCAGACUUGUGGCCCAAUGGGGCCGCGCUGGCAGCUGAAGGAUGGAAGGCUGCAGCGGCCAGCAGGCCUGAUGCUGGAACAGACUCCAGCUGCCAGCUGUCAGUCCAGGAAUCGGCCUCUCCAGCUGUCCCCCUCCCUCAGAUUGUGCUCACCGAGUGCGUGUCUGACCCGCCUUCCUCUGAAGCAGAGCUGGAGGUGGCUGCAGAAACAGGCAGCCGUCAAUGCGCUGGCCAGUCCAGCACCAGAGAGGUGGGAAUGGAAGGAUCUUCCCAUGUUGAGCCUACACAGGCCAUGGCGGAAACUGAGAGAAACUUGGAGGGGUUGGGGCUCUUGUCAAGCAGCCCUGAGAACCAGGCUGAAAGAGAGGAAAACUCUCUCAUCCGGGUGCCAUCUGAUUUCUUAGAGCAGGCUCCGUCAGCACCUGGGAGCAGCCAAGCCUCCCCCCUCCAGCCUGGAGGUGCUCCAGAAGGAGAGAGAGCAUUCUUAGUAACACCCCCCCUGACCCAGUCUCUGUCAAAGGAUGGAGGGAACCCCUUGGUUGAGGAGGGAGGAAAAAAGGUUGGGACAUUGAAUGCUAGAGAGGAAGGCAGCUGUGAGACUGUGGCCUACGGGCCAGUUGUCCGUGUGGAGGACAAACCCCUCAUCGAUCUCGUGAAAGAAGCCGCAGACCCUGAAGUGGGUUCCGAGAAGGUCUCCUCCAUCACUGACGAAGGCGAAGGGUCUAAAGCAGCCGUGGGAUUUCACGGCGAUGUCACAGAACCCAAAGCCAGGAGAACUUAUCCAAGCUCGGAGAGGAUGCCCCCCGCUUCUGAAGACCCCCGUGGGGCUAGCAAGCAGGCGCAAAGGGAAGAUCUCACCAGCUGUCCAGCCUCAGAGUGUCCAACACCAAGACCAAGAUCUUUCCCAGGCAAAGAUCCAAACCACCAGGUGUCUGAACAACUCACGAUACAGCCUCCUGAGGAGCACUUCAGUGCUCCAUCGAGAUCCAGUGAGCACCGAGCCAUCUCUGGACAGAGAACCCUAGACCGACUUGCGGAUGGAGAGGAGACCAAGGCAGCCUCGAAUACUGGAGGGUCCCUAGCAGAGAGAGAGCACGAACUGGACCUAGAAGGCAAAAACAAAGAGGAAACAUCUCCUCUCGGCUUUGCAAGUCUAAGCAGCCACGAGAUUUGUGAAUGCACAUACCAAAGACUGGACACCCUUGAAGAAACUAUCCGUGAGCUGGAGAUGACCUUUAAUGAAAUCAAUAUCCACCCGUCAGCUGAAUUUAUAUUCCGGAGAGAACUGCUGGGACAGCUGGGGUCUCAGGAUGACAGAGGGCUAAAGGAGGGCUCGGGGGAUCUUGAACACAGUUGCUGGCAUGCCAGGACCGUGGAUUCAGGACAGGAUGAGGCUGAUGCUCCCAGAAGAUCAUCUCUGAGCGGGACCAAGCCGCCUCUGCUCCCCAAGCCGCAGCUUCCGCUCGACAGUCCUAAGAGUGGCGGGGUUUCCAUUCCAGCCAUGAAGAUGGUGAAUCCGGCCUCCAGGCUGAAGCAGAGCCAGCAGGGAAGCCCAGACAAAAGCAAACACAUCAAGCAGAGGAUGGAAUACAUGAGGAUCCAGGGACAACAGCAGAGCGCUAAGAACUUCACUCCGCCCGUUCUACGAGCGUCAAGCAACGAGGACGGUGCACAGCGCCAGAACCUGCCACGCCUAGUUCAAGGGGGACCAGAACAAAAGCAGAAGGCCGUUGACAGGGGGAGGAAGGGUGUUGGGGGGAGGCGGCUUCUGAAGACGCCUCAGAAACCCUCAGAUCUGACUGUUAAUGCGGCUGCCACUCCUUUUUUCUUUCCUUAAAGUUUUUUAUCAGCUGUAACUGUGAUUAAUCCUGUAGGAAACUGUGCUGCAGUCUUCUAGCCAAGUCUUCAUGGGUCAGUGGUGUUUUGACUUUGGGGCCUGUGCGUGCAGCUAUUCUGUUGGGCUUUUGAUUGUUGACUUGCUGAAAGGUCAGUGCUAUACUGAAGGCCACCAGGGCUCAUCUCGCAAGAAGCCAGAGCGUCAGUGUUUGCAUUAGCUUCGCUGUCUCUUUCUUCCAAGAGUUUCCAAGGGAAACACCUGAGCGGGUUUGGUCGGCGAGAUUGCCUAGUGCUUCGCAAAUGGAAAGACCAAAGGUCAGGGCAUGUCAGUGGCAGGGAGGCAGAAUGUUACUCCAAGAGACGUGGCUUGAAACGGGUAGAGAAAUUGGAAUGAGACGGGGGGGGGCCAGUUCCUAAAGGAGUCAGGUUUCCCAUCAUCUUAGUUUCAUAAUGUGGCACUUUAAAGAUUUGGUCAGUUCCUUCCUGUAGGGAGAGAGAGAAACUGGCGGAGGCAGCCCGGGGCUGCGUGGAGCAGAGGGGUGAUGCUGAAUGGUGAGGCCAGGGGCUGGGUGGCAUAGAAAGGGCCGAUACCGCCAGGCAUUGAUCAUGUCAGACUGAGGGAUGUGGGAGGGGAGUGCAAUGGGAUUGGGAAAGGCAGAGGAAUGCAGGUGGGAAGGGCAAGGUUGUAAGCCCUGGAUCUCGACUGGGGGAGAAAGGGCAUGACCCCAACGAGGGUCAUGGCUUGUAAGACCCUGCCCUUCCAUAUUGUCCUGCACCGGCAAAGGGUGAGUGCCACUGUAAGAAGCAAUAUACUGUGUGCCCAGAUGGGGGGUGUCGAUGCCGAGGCUGCGAAUGCUGCUGGAGUUCAAUGCUCCUGUUCCGCAUUCUGGCCUCUGCAUGGACUCACUGGUAAGUGGGAGUCUGGCAUAACAGGUCCUCGCCUUGGGCUGAGGUGGGGGGGGAGUGGCAGUCCCCCAUCGGGCCCUCUAAAAUCAAUAGUAAUCAGCUCUGGUCAGGCAGGGCCGCAGGGAGCACACCAGGGGCUAGUGGCUGGUUGUACCAGCAGUAGCACCCCCAGGGGGUUGUAACGCACAGAUGAGCAGAGGGAAGGAAUGCAAAGUACAAACAGUUGAGGAGCUGCCCUUGCACCGUGGCUGUAACGAAUGCACUGUCUAGCAGGGCAAAGGGCGAGGGCUCAUUAGAGGAACCCGAGGGAGGGAGAUGGGGAAUGAGCCACAGGUCCAGCGGCCAACACUGGGUCUCUUGGGCUCAGUCUGGAGCCACGGAGAGUGGGCGCAAAAGAGGGGCCCAUGCCUGGACUCAGAUAGGUACGGAAGAGGUUUCUUAAAGUACAAUACAUACAUGUGCGUGUGUGUGGGGUGGGUGGGGGGAAUGGCCAGUCACUGGACAAACAAAAUGUAAGCACAGAUUAUAUCUAGGGGAAUCUAUGCGAGCUGUGUGUGUGUGUGGGUGGGUGGGUGUGAAUAUCCAAAACGCUAUAUUGUAGAGUGCGGAUCCUGUGCAACUAGAGUACGAAAUCGAAUCACUUCUUUCGUUGGCUAGUUUGUUGUCCGUUUUCAGUUCCUUCUCUUUUUUUUUCCCUUUCUUUCUUUUUUGUAUAGCAAUCAUUUUUGUACGAGAAGAACGAGCCUUUUUUUGAAUAACAAAGAGAAAAGAAAAAAAAAAGAAAAGAACCAUAAUGCAAUUUCUUUGGAUUGCAAAAAGCAACUCUUUACAUUUAAGUGAAGUGUCUUAACAUUUUAUAUUGUUUUAAAAAUAUAUUUACAUAUUAUAUAUAUAUAAUAUACGUAAUAUAAAUAUAUAUAUAAAUAUUUAAAAAAAGAAGAAAUAAAAGAACUCUCUUCACGGCUGGUGUAUGAGGAGGUGGAUCUUCUUCCCUGGUGAGAUUUUUGCUUUAGAAAUGCAGCUUUAACCCUAAUGCUCAGCUUUACCAUCCUGUUUCCAUGCUUUUCCUAGACCCCUCCCUGUUGUCUGUCACUCUUACAUUUUGUGUGCAGCGUGGGAGAGGCUGGUAUGCAUGUGGACGGAGCCACUGGUGCUUAGGUGUGACACCAAGCACCAGGAUAGGUUGUCAGUAGCAGGGAUUGAACCUGUGACCUCUGGAUUGUAAAGUAUGAUCUAUAAAGCCCAAGUCUUAGGGGCUGAAGCAGACUUGUUGCCUGCUGUGGCAUGGCCACUGGGGGGGGGGGGUCACAAGAUAUAGGCAGAGUCAGGCACAUGAGGGGGCCAGAUAAAAGGAACAGCAGGAGGUGAAGUUUAGUGGGGGACUUAGCACCAGCUGCUGGGCACGCAGGGGAAGGAGCUGUUCCAGCUCUUAAAGACGGUGCUGGUUGUAUGCCUAGAUUAUUUCCCCCUUGCCCAGCAUUGUUCAAGCCCUUCCCCACCCCAGGGCCAACUUCCCCCCCAUCCCCCGGAUGGGCCAGCAUCAGUCCGACACCCCUCUCCGGGCCCAUGGCCCAGUGCCCCAGCUCGUAGCCAGACGCUGUUGCAUGGCUUGGCCUCACACGGCGGGGCAAAGUGCUCAGGCGUGGCCUUUCGGGACGAAGGAGGAGCCGGAGCCAGGCUCAACAAACAGAAGUUGAGGCGUUAAUUUAAAAAAAUUAAAAAAAAAUUCAGUACCAAAGUGAACCAUAGUAGCAAAGCUGCGGCUUCUGCUUGCUUGCCUGGCUCCCCUCCGCCACCCACCCCCAGGCGCCGUCCCGCGGGCUCCCCGAACCCACUUCCACCGCCUGCCUAGGGCAAGGCCAAAGAAAGAACAUCCCAGCAAAGGCCAGGAGGUGGCAGGGGCAUGGCAUGUCUCAUGGCCACUAGUGACCGCCGGGUCCCAGGAUGGGGGUGUUCCCAGCUCAGAGCAGAGCACCCAGUAUUAAGAAGGGCCAGAUGCCCUGGUGACGGCCUUCUGGCUCCCACGGGGGGGGGGGGCAUACCCCCACUGUGCCUCAAGGUAGGGGCGGGACCAGGUCUCUGCUGCUGGGGGCCAGUGCGUCAGGUUUGGCGUGUGUGUAGGAAGGGUGGGGAGGCUUACAAUAGAAAUGCUAGCAUAGCCUGCAUGCCUGUAGCUAAGGGCUAGGCCCCUGCACAGUGCUUUCUCCCCCCCCCCACCGCACUGGAGGGGGAGGGUGUUUUUAAAAGCUAGUCAGCUAAACCACUGCCAGCCACCCACCCUGUCUUCAGCCUCAGCUGGGCGUGUGUAACUUGCUUUCCACCAGGCCUGCGCCGGCUGGAACGGGCUUCCGGGCGCAGGCAGUUGUGUCAGUAAAAUAGCAAAAAAUGUUGCAGCCUGGGGCAGGGGGGCGGGGGGCGGGAGGCGGAGAUUAUUUUUUUCAAAGACCCAACUAGGGUAACAUGGUCAAAAGCACCUAAGGCCCCGUUCCUCCAUGGUACUUAUGCACCUAAUGCCCAUUGGUGGCAGUAGGCGUUCAGCAGCUAACCACAUUUCAGGGUCUGGGGCUUAGGCAAUAGGAAAAAAAAAAUCAAUGGGCUUUUGAAAAUGCUUCACUAGCCACAUACCCCAGGUGCCUAACGCCCAGUGGCUUUUAAGGGGCCUCGGGGGCCUUUGAACAGCUAUCCCAAAGCUGCUUGAGGUGCCCAGCUGCAGGCGCCUGUGUGUUGCACAGGCUUUCCCCUCGCACAGUGGCCACAGGGUAGUGGGGCAGCCUUUUGGCCCCCAGGAGGCGAUUUUCCACACCAGGCUCUGGCGUUGGAAGGAAUUACUGGGCAUUUUGGUUUGGUUAAUUUCUAUUGGCUUCGUUUCCUACCCCAGCUGUGCCGCGUGUGCGUGUGUGAGAGCGCGCGCGUUCGUUCAUUUUUCAUGGCAUCACUCAACUUGUGUGUGAGCCCAACAAUCACAGCGUGUUGACUUAAAAAAAUAAACCCACUUUAUUCUGACUUUUAAAUUAAAAAAAAAAAAAAACAAACCUCUAAAAAAGCACCUCCCAAGUUAUGCAUGUCUCCCUGGAGCCGCUGCUGCAUGCCACACCUCGCUUUCGUCGUCUGAGACUGUACGUUGGUUAAAAAUUUUAAAAGGACAAAAAAAGAAAACUUUAGAUGCUGUUUUGGGGGUUUCUACAAUUUUGUGUGUGUGUGUGUGUGUCUCUCUCUCGCAUGAAUUUUAUUGUGAACUGUUUUGAAAAAAAAAAUACAAAACAAACCCCUGCUGGUGGUAAAGGACAGUUCUGGAGUCUGUAUGUUUUUGUAAAUCUUUUUUCCGGCUGCUGUCUGUAGCGUAGGUCUAUGUAUAAGCUCUAUGGAUGCCAUGGAUAGUUCUGUGAGAAAUGUGAUCAUUGUAACUUGAAAAAAAUUCCAAAUGACAAAGGGUUGCUUUUGCCUUUUCCUUUCUUAGUUUCUUUUUUAUCCGAGUGUCUGGCUUUAAUAAAACACUUUUUUUUUCUCUAUA